AGUGAAAUACUCAUAAAAAUGGCUUUUCGUGUAUGCCAACCUCUGCCACUCGUGAUUUUUGUAAUUGCUUUAGUUCUAUGUUCAGGUCCAACAACAGGCUUGAAGUUCCCCAAUUUGUUCCCCAAUUGCUUAGGAUUUUGCACUUCUGGGGAUGCCAAAUGCAACGAGCAAUGUAUUAGUAAAGGGUAUUCUGGGGGUUCAUGUGGUGACCAUUCUGGUUUGCUUUGUUGUUGUGAUAAAAAAUGAAUUAUAUUGUAACUAUGAAUUAUUGAUAUAUGAGACUGAUGAAUAAAAAUGUAC